AUGGCGCCGACUUCGGCCCGCAUCACGGCCCUCGCUCCCCUUAAGCCCGACCUUCAUGAACGCGCCUGGGCCUCAGUCCCUCACCCGUCGCUCCCUCUAAUCGCUACAGCCCACGCCAAGGCCGUCACUGUAUACUCUCUCUCGACUGGCACCGCCCACAGCGUUCUCACCGGAGGCCAUACCCGCUCCGUCCGCUCCGUCGCGUGGAAGCCCCAUCUGCAACCCGGCAAUCUCUGCCUCGUUACCGGCAGCUUUGACUCUACAGCUGGAAUAUGGCGUUGGGAGGGCCAGGAGCAGAGCGAGGGUGGUUUGGAAGUCGAGGUAACAGCGCAGAGCGUGCGUAGGAGGAACAAUGACGAUAGCGACGACGACGGCGAUUUUGCGAACAAGGAGUGGGAGUUUACGCUUGUCCUGGAGGGGCACGACUCGGAGAUCAAGUCUUGUGCUUUUAGCCCUUCGGGCUCAUACCUCGCUACUUGCUCGCGCGAUAAAUCAGUUUGGAUAUGGGAAGAUAUUGGUGCCUCCGAGGAAGACGACGAGUGGGAGACAAUCGCCGUGCUUAACGAACAUGAGGGAGACGUCAAGGCCGUUGCCUGGUGUCCCGACGUUCCUGGUCGUAAUUCUCGCCGUACCUACUCAUCCGAUGUUCUAGCAAGUGCAAGUUACGAUAACACGGUGCGUAUCUGGCGCGAGGAUGGGGACGCGGAAUGGGUGUGUGUCGCAGUUCUCGAGGGCCACGAGGGUACUGUCUGGGGUUUACAGUGGGAGACACAGCCACGAGAGGGAGACCUUUUUCCACGGCUCUUGACCUUUUCUGCCGAUAACACCAUCCGCGUAUGGACACUGAAGGAGGAGGAUGAAGCUGAGGAGAGCGGUGCGCCAGGCUCAGCAGGUGCCUUGGGCGGUAUCCCCAACACGAUGAGGAGGUCUCUACGAGAGGAGUGGACAUGCACAGCUGUCUUGCCCAAGGUUCAUACUCGUGAUAUCUACUCCGUGGCAUGGAGUGCGAAGACAGGGCUUGUAGCAAGCACCGGCAGCGACGGAGUCGUAGCCCUGUACGCCGAAGAUUCGGAACAAAACAUCACAGCAUCUGACCAAGACCAACCUAUGGCUAAUAGCGAGGAAAGCAAGCAGAAGGCAUGGAGACUCGUUGCUACCCAGCCCGGAGCCCAUGGGCCCUUCGAGGUUAACCACGUAACUUGGUGUCAAAGAUAUGAUGCUGGCUCUGAGCGGCGCGGGGAAGAGGAGAUGCUUGUUACGACGGGCGAUGACGGGAUCGUGCGGCCGUGGCAGGUUGAGAUCGAUGCGCCAAGGUAG